AUGGGAGACGAUGGAUUCGGGCCUGCCGAGGCCCCACAAGACGACGUAAAGGACAAGGAAAAGUUGCUCCCCAUCGAGUUCCUCGCUCUCACGAAAGACGGCGCAGAACUCUAUCGCUACGAAAAUGACAGAUCUCCCGAAGAAAUCAAAAAGCCUCUGCUGACGCUGGAAGGCGUCGAGCAGGCAGCGUGGACUGCCGACGGACAAAAACUCGUCCUCGUCCGAAAAGACGCUCCCAACCGCGUCGACGUCGUCGCUCUUGACGGAAACAAAACCGUCUUCUCCUUCACAGGAGCGAGCUCGGUGGUGAAGUUUGGUUUGUCGCCUCGGGAGACUUUCCUGUUUGUGUGCUUCCGCCACGAACCUGCCGCCCACGAGAACUUUUGCUUGUAUCGCUUGGCUGACGGCGAAAAAGUGCUGAGUUUCACGCUCAAACAAAUCAACACCAACACGUGGCCGCCGCUGCGGUGGACCUCCCAGGAAUCGUACUGCUGUCGCAUGGUGACGAACGAGGUUCACAUCUUCAAAGAUAAUGUGUUUAACUUGAACCACCCGCACGACAGGAUUCGGUGCGAGAACGUCGUUUCCUUCUCGCCGUGCAACGAGAAGAAGAAGCCCGCGAACUCCGCACCGCGCGCCGAGGAGGCUGCAGGCACGAGUUCGGGAAAGGAGAAACCCGCUUCUGCGCUGACUUGCGCAGUCUUUGUCGCUGGUAGGAAAGGCGCACCUUCCGCCGUGAAGCUGUUCGAUUUGGCGAACGGCAGUUCGUGUCUCUGCACGAAAAGUUUCUUCCAAGGCAACGAAGUGGCGUUCAAGUGGAGCUGCGACGGCCGCGCCGUCCUCGCGCUCGUCCACACCGACGCGAGCGAGAAAAGCUACUACGGGUCCGAUGCUCUCUACUUCCUCAAGGCCGACGGGAGCUACGACAGCCAGCUGAUGCCCGCCGAGGAGGGCCCGAUCCACGACGUCCAGUGGAGCCCCUCGACGCUCGAGUUCGCGCUGUGCAAAGGCCCAAUGCCCCCGGAGGCAAGUCGCCCAAAAAGAAGAGAGAAGGGAGAAGAGAGAGAGAAGAGAGGGAGAAGAAUUUUGCUCUACGACGGCAGCAAGAAGCCCUCGGCGCCGAAACUCUCCUUCGGCCGGCGCAUGCAAAACACCUUGCGCUGGGAUCCGUUUGCGCGACUGCUCUUCACCGCCGGUUUCGGAAACUUGGCGGGCGACGUGGAUCUGUGGCACAAACAGCAGAAGAAAGUUAUCGCCAAAGCACAGGCGCCUUUUACGGUCACAUGCGACUUCACGCCUGACGGGCUCCACUACGUUGCGGCCACAACGUCUCCGCGUCUUCGUGUCGACAACCGUGUCACGAUUUACAGCAUCUCGGGCCACGCCGUCUGCCGACUGGACUUCCCCGUGCUCUAUCGGGUGCUCGUGCGGCCGCCGUCUCCGUCGCUUGCCGCGACGUUGAACCAGAGACAGUCGCACCUUUUGCAGGCGUUUAUGGCGGAUUCCGCGCUCUUCCUCUCGCAACAUUUCUCGUCGCUCUCGCUGGAGAGCGCCGCGCGCUCGGGCGGCUUCGCAGACGCCACGCAAGGCGCUGGCGCGACGAAAAGCGUCUCGCCCACCCAACCUGUCUCCCGCGGCGUGUAUCGCCCCCCGGGCUCCACCGGCGCGCUCGCGGCGAGACUUCGCGCCGAACGCCAAGCGACGGUAAACGGAGGCAACGCAGCCUCUGCCGUGUGGCGAGCUGCGACGGCGACGCCUGCGAAGUCGAUUCCAGGCUUGGCGCAAAACUUCCCGCCCGGGUACUCCCCCCCCGGCGCCUCCGCCAAGGCUUCCAGUGGAAAGAGAAGAAAGUGA